AUGUCCUUCGAAUUCUAUUCAUUAACAAUACCUUACCUAGGUGAGAAGGUGUUGGUCUGUUCUGUGUGUAAGAAGAAGUUUACUACGAAGCAGGCUUUACUCCAUCAUGUUGUCGUUCAUACAGGAGAGAAACCGUUCCAGUGUGCUGUAUGCGGGAAUAAGUUUACCCAACCUGCAAACUUGAGAACACAUGUUAAGAAGAGACAUGCGUACAAUUGCGAAUCUAAUAAAACAAAUAAAUGUGAAUAUUGCGGUGAACCACAUGUUAGUAUUGUUGGACUACAUCAACAUCUACUUGAAGAUCAUCCACAGCAGGUUCAAGAGGAGAGAGAAAUCCUGGCAAAAGAAAAGGCAGAGCGACACCAGGAGAAGGAGAGGAAGGAGAGGGAGAAGGAGGAGAGAAGGAUGAAGAGGGAACAACAAGGACAUAGGGUCCGUAAACCGAAGAAGAAGGAAUGGGAAUUAGACUUCGAGUUCUAUAUUGGAGAUGGAUUAGUCAGAGGAGUGGAUUGGGAUAGAACCCCUUCUAAUGGUGAGAUCGGUUGUGGGCAGUGUGAAAGAAAGUUUGGGUGGAGGUUUGAGAUUAUGUUUCAUGGUCUUUGCCAUCUGUUAGAUGAUCAGGGAAAUGCGCGAAACAAGAUCUGUCCCGAGUGCGAUACUACUUUUAAGGUUCCUAUUGGCUUGAAACAUCAUUUAAUUACUCAUACAGGAGAGACUCCAUUCCUCUGCCUCCACUGCUGGAAAUCCUUUUCCUCUCAUAUAGAUCUUAAACUUCAUAUCAAGAAGGAGCACCUGAUGCACCUGAACAGCAGAACAGGGAAGGAAGGAGCAGAGAAGGAGGGAAGGAAAAGAGAACGAAGAGAAAGCGAAGAAGAAGAUAUUGAGGAAAGUACAUCUCACUAUGUACAGCUGGAGGAUGGUACAUAUGCAGAGAUGGUCGAAGGACAUGAGAUUGUUGCUCCAGGAGAACAAAUGCUGGUUGAAGAUGAAGAUGGACAAAAGCUUGUUGUUGUAAAUCCAAAGAGAGGAAGAGGACAACAAACUGUUGUAAUUCCUCGUCAAGCAGAAACUGUUUACGUCAUAGCGUCCAGAGACGAAGAUAACACAAUUAUUCCGGAUUCAAAUUCCAUCCGGAAACUCAUAGGGGACAAAGACGGCAUUGAAAUGAUAGUUGAAGAUUCUACCACUGAGAAGUAUAUUCGACUAGACGAGAUCUGAUGGGGUCCAAGAAUACGCUUUGGGGGUAAUGGAGUACAAUUGACUGUACAGUGUACACGUGUACAUUAGUUUGAAGCAUUUCUACACAUGUACAUUAUAAACUGUAAGUGUACAGUAUACACUUUUAUUUGAUGUCUUCAAUUACAGUACAUACAGUACAGUAUUAUGUCGACCAUUUUGUUGUUUUAAGUUAAGUACAGUUUGAUGCAGAAUUUAAAGUGCCUAAGGAUUAUCUGAAUACAAAUAUUAUUAUGCAGCUUUGUUGACAACGAACUUGAAUGUUAAAAUAAAAAUAAAAACUGCCAAAAAUUAUUACGGAUGAAAUAUAAAAAUUGUAAUUU